GCCAAGCACUUUCUCUCCUACGGACCUUUGUGCUUGCUGUUGGCGUUUCCUGGAAUGCUCACUCGGGUAUCUGCACCAGCUCACGUCUCUGCUCAAAAGUGACCUCUUCGGAGAAAACAACUCUGACCAUCCUGUCCAAGAUUCCUGUAUUACAUGGCAGGAGGUGUGAUAAACUGAGGGAUGCUGAAAACAACAAUGAAUUAAUCCAGAGUUUUCCUCCUGUCUCAGAACCUAUCCUGAGUAAGAAUGUCAGAUAAGGUUGAUUGGUUACAAAGUCAAAAUGGAGUGUGCAAAGUUGAUGUCUAUUCUCCUGGAGACAGCCAAGCCCAGGGCUGGGAAAUGGACACCUCCACGGAUCCUGUCAGAGUGCUCAGCUGGCUCCGCAGAGACCUGGAGAAAAGUACAGCAGAGUUCCAAGAUGUUAGGUUCAAGCCCGGAGAAUCAUCGUUUGGUGGGGAAAGGUCCAACUCAGGAGACCCACACAAAGGCACCACCAAGGGCACUCCAGGAAGAUUGCAUUUUGAGAUAACUCACAAAGAGAAUCCUUUCCAGGGCCCCAGGGCCCAACUUGGCAAUGGGAAUUCAGUAGAUGAAGUUUCCUUCUAUGCUAACCGCCUCACGAAUCUAGUCAUAGCCAUGGCCCGCAAAGAGAUCAAUGAGGCAAUCAAUGGCUCUGAAGACAAAUGUGUCCAUCAGUCAUUGUACAUAGGGAAUGAACCCAUCCCCACCAAAAGUCUCAGUAAGGUAGCAUCAAAGCUGGUGAAUGAGACUGUCUCUGCAUGUUCCAGGAAUGCUGCCCCGGACAAGGCUCCCAGCUUUGGAGACAGAGCAUCAGAAUCAUCACAAAAGCCUCCAAAUUUGAAAUACAAGUCCAUUUUGAAGAUGAAGGAGAGCACCAGGGAAAGACAGGGUCCAGAGGACAAGCCUGAUUCUAAGAAGUCUUUCUUCUAUAAGGAAGUGUUUGACUCUCAUAAUGCAGAUUAUGCCAGAGCAGGUGGAAGGUUCUUUCCUUGGGAGAGAAAGAUGUUUCGAGGGCAGGAAAGGGCUGAUGACUUUACAACUUCAGUUAGUGAAAGGAUUAUGACCUAUGCUAACAGUGUGGUAUCUGAUAUUAUGGUCUCCAUCAUGAAGACACUGAGGAUCCAAGUGAAAGACACAACCAUUGCCACCAUCCUACUGAAGAAGGUUCUGCUCAAGCAUGCAAAAGACGUGGUCUCAGAUCUCAUCGACUCCUUCAUGAUGAACCUCCACAAUGUCACAGGGACCCUCAUGACUAACACAGACUUUGUUUCGGCUGUGAAAAGAACUGUCUUCUCUCAUGGAAGCCAAAAGGCCUCAGAUAUCAUGGAUGCCAUGCUAGGGAAUCUGUACAAUGUGAUGUUUGCAGACAAAGUCUCUGAGCAUAUCAGGAAAGCCAAAGACAAGGCUGAGCGUUAUUCCCUCCUCUCCAUGAAAGGAAUGGGUGAUCCUAAAAAACGAAAUGUGAACUUUGCCAUGAGAUCUGAAGCUAAAUUGAGAGAAAAAAUGUGUUCUGAAGCCAAAUCAGAGAAGAAGACUUGUGCCGAAACUCUGGGUGAACACAUUAUCAAAGAGGGGCUGACUUUGUGGCAUAAAAAUCAGAAAGAAUGUAAAUCUCCAGGUUUUCAGCAUGCAGCCUGUGAAGCUCCCAACACACAGUGUAAGCCUGCACCAGACAUUUCCUUUGAGUACCCUGAAGGUACUUGCAAUUUCAGCCCUCCUCAAUAUCCCCCAGAGAAACCUGAGAAUUUUAUGUUUGAUUCAGAUUCCUGGGCCAAGGACCUGAUCAUAUCUGCCCUACUUCUGAUUCAAUAUCACCUGGCCCAGGGAGGAAGAAGGGAUGCACAGAACUUCCCUGAAGCUGCUGGAACCACCAACUUUAAUGCCAACAAAUCUCCUGUAGUUCCUGAUGAAUCCUGCCUGAAGACUGCUCACAAUGUAGAUGACCAAGAACAAGCAGAAAAGAAGGACCUAAUGAGUGUUUUCUUCAAUUUCAUCCGGAACUUACUUAGUGAGACCGUUUUUGAGCGUGGCCAUUGCUCUGAACCCAAGGUGCCAGAACAACUAGUUAAGGAAGAUACAAACUUGUAUGAAAGACCUUUAACCUCUUCACCCCCCAAACCUUGUAAAGAUGAUGAGACCCCUGGUGCCUCUUCUGGGCUGACCAAGAUGGUUACCAACCAGCUAGAUGGCAACAUGAAUGGGAAGAUGGUAGAACAUCUGAUGGACUCAGUGAUGAAGCUGUGUAUCAUCAUUGCCAAGUCCUGUGAUACUUCUUUGACAGAACUGGAAGAUGACAAGUCUGGAAAUGUCAGCAGGCUAAUGUCGGCCUUUCCAGAUAGUUUAUAUGAGUGUUUGCCAGUCAAGGACACAGGGACAGCAGAAGCUCUUCUGCAGAAUGCCUAUCAAGCUGUCCAUAAUCUACUGAGAGGUGUAUCAGGACAAGCCCCUGAAGGGUGUGCAGCACCCAAGGUGAUUGUCAGCAAUCACAACCUAUUAGAUACGGUUGAGAACAAGCAACUCCAGGCCGUCCUUCAAUGGGUAGCUGCCUCUGAACUCAAUGUCCCUAUUUUGUAUUUUGCUGGUGAUGAUGAAGGGAUCCAGGAGAAGGGCAGAAUGCUAUGUCCUGACAUGGUAGAAGAGCAGAAGAGAAUGAACCCUGAUACGGUUGGGCUAUGUCCUCACUCAAAAUCUCAUCUUGAAUUGUAAUCCCCAUAAUCCCCAUGUGUCAAGGGAAAAACCAGGUGGAGAGAGCCAUGGAUAGUCCCCAGCUGGAGAAAGGACCAGAAACAAAUGUCGGAAAUGCUCUGCAUCAGGAAAUGAGAAGAUGCUCAGCAGAAGACUUGAAAAUCCCUUUGCCACGCAGACAUGCAGAACUAGUUUUUAUGCUAGGAGAGAGAUUAGCUCAAAGGACAGCAAGGUCAGGGGAGAGGAGAGGGACAGGAAUGGUGAGAAACAGAAUGACAACGAAAGCCUCUAAAGCAAGGGGAAGCCAGGGGCUUCAGAAGGAGCUGAGUCAGCAGCAAGACUGCCGGGAGUCACCAUUGUCCUCUGUCCAGAUUCAGUGGCACUGCCCUGAGCCCAGAGACUCUCUGCCUAGUGCCUUUUCUCUCUGUUUUUGCAAGGCCUGUGUGGGGAACUAAUACUGGGAGAAGUGUCCAGCAUCUCGUGAUAGUGAUGGAAUAGACAAAGACUCAGAGAGCAUCUGAUUGGAGCCAUGGCUUCUCUGAGCUGCGGAUCCAGCCCAGUCAUCCCCUACCUCCACAUCAUCUGUUAGAGGAGACAAUGCCCCCUAGCCCUGCUGCCUCUGGAGCCCAUGUCUCCUGGUGCAAUCUCCCAGCUCAAUGACUAGUUAACGAGGCCCUUGGACGUUAAGGAGGCGUGGUGAUGAAUGAGUGAGCCCUGCAUGAGGCAGGCUCCUCAGGGUUUCUCAGUGGCACAUGUAUUAGCAAUUGGACCAAUCUGAUUUUAUUAUUAUUGACAUUCAUGUAUUUAUUUGUAAUUUUGUGGGUACAUAGUAGGCGUAAAUAUUUACGGGGUAUGUGAGUUCUUUUGAUAUGGGCUUACAAUGUGCAGUGAUCACGUCAGGGUAAAUGGUGCAUCCACCACCUCAGAUAUUUAUCUUUUGUGUUACAAACAACUCGGUUACACUCUUUCAGUAAUUUAAAAUGUAUAAUAAAUUAUGAUUGACUGUAGUCACCCUGUUGUGCAAUCAAACACUAGAUCUCAUUUAUAUAACUGUAUUUUCGUAUCCAUCAACCAUUCCACGUCCCCCUCCCCUACUACCCUUUCAGCCUCUGGUAACCAUCCUGUUCUCCAUUUCCAUGAGUUCAGUUGUUUUAAGAUUUUUAGUUCCCACAAAUCAGUGAGAACAUGCAACGUCUGCCUUUUUGUGCCUUAACAUAAUAUCCUCCAGUUUUAACCAUGUUAUAGCAAAUGACAAGCUCUUAUUCUUUUUUUAUGGCCAAAUAGUACUCCAUUGUGUAUAGGUGCCACAUUUUCUUUUUAUUUUACUUUAAGUUCUGGGAUACAUGUGCAGAACGUGCAGGUUUGUUACGUAGGUAUACAUGUGCCAUAGUGGUUUGCUGUACCUAUCAACCCAUCUUCUUUAAGUGUAAUAAUAAAAUUUAGAACAAAUUUUUUUGGUUUUAAAUUUUAUUAUUAUACUUUAAGUUCUGGGUACAUGUGCAGAUCAUGCAGGUUUGUUACAUAGGUGUACACGUGCUAAAGUGGUUUGCUGCAUCCAUCACCCUGUCAUCUACAUUAGGUAUUUCUCCUAAUGCUCUCCCUCUCCUUGGCCCCCACCCCUUGACAGGCCCCAAUGUGUGUUGUUCCCCCCCCCCGUGUCCAUGUGUUCUCAUUGUUCAGUUCCCACUAAUGAGUGACAACAUGUGGUGUUUGUUUUUCUGUUCCCGUGUUAGUUUGCUGAGAAUGAUGGCUUCCAGCUUCACCCACGUCCCUGAAAAGGACGAGAACUCAUUCUUUUGUAUGGCUGCAUAGUAUUCCAUGGUGUAUAUGUGCCACAUUUUCUUUAUCCAGUCUAUCGUUGAUGGGCAUCUGAGUUGGUUCCAAGUCUUUGCUAUUGUAAACAGUGCUGCAAUAAACAUACAUGUGCAUGUGUCUUUACAGUAGAAUGAUUUAUAAUUCUUUGGGUAUAUACCCAGUGAUGGGAUUGCUGGGUCAAAUGGUAUUUCUGGUUCCAGAUCCUUGAGGAAUUGCCACAGUCUUCCACAGUGGUUGAACUAAUUUACACUCCCACCAACUCUUCAUCCAUUCAUCUGUGGAUGGACAUUUAGGUUGCUUCUGAAUCUUGGCUGUUGUGAAUAGGGCUGCAAUAAACAAAGAGUGCUUCUCUUUGAUAUAUUGAUUUCCUUAAUGGGGGUUAUAUACCUAGCAGUGGGACUGCUGGAUUAUGCGGUAGCUCCAUAUUCAGUUUUUUGAGGAAGCUCUGUACUGUUUUUCAUAGUGGUUGUACUAAUUUACAUUCCCACCAACAGUGUAUCAGGGUUCCCUUUUCUCCACAUGCUCUCCGGCAUUUGUUAUUUUCUGUCUUUUGGAUAAAAGCAAUUUUUAGCUGUGAUGAGCUGAUACCGCAUUGUAGUUUGGAUUUGCAUUUCUCUGACGUUCAGUGAUGCUGAGCACCUUUUCUUCGUUUGCCAUUUGCACGUCUGCUUUCGAAGAAUGUCUAUUCAGAUCUUUUGCCCAUUUUUAAACGGAUUAUUAGAUUUUUUUUUCCUAUUGAGUUGUUUGAGCUUCUCAUAUACUUUGGCUGUUAAUCUCCUUUUUCUUGCCUUAUUUCUUAAAUAUUAAGUUAAAUAUUUAUCUUGCAAAUAUUUUCUCUCAUUCUGCAGUUUGUCCAUUGUAAUUUUCAAGUCCUAAAGGAAUUUGAUUCGAUGACCCUUCAGUAUGUCAUAACCUGAAAUUUUAGCUGAUUUUAUGGGCCUCUAUGUCAGAUGGCACCUAAGGAUGUAUCACAUUAAAGCCUCUUGGUUGAACCUGUCUUCAUCUUCACCUGCCUUUGGCCACUUCCUCCACCCCAGCAGCCCCCGCAGUGGCUGGCUCCACGCCAGCCAUGGUGUGCGGAAUUGAGGUGUGCAGAACCAAGCAGGGCUGCCUCAGGCUCUGGUGCCUUGUGCUUACAGCCUUAUGCCUUGUUCCUCCCCCUGGGGGCUUCCCUGUGGAAGGUUGAGGUGAGAACAUUAUGGGAACCUCAAUGAGCAACCUGGAAGUAUCUGGGAGUUAGGUCCCUGUGGGGCCAGCUUUUGAAUGGGAGGCAGGAACCGGCAGAUAAGAGCUCUCCCUGGCUGAACUCUCCUGCGUCCUGGUUAACACAGCUUCUUACAGGACAGUCCCCAGAGAGGGAGCAACCAGUCAUGCUUGAUACCAAGCAAAGGUCAGCUUGGUGAGGCCUCCUGCUUUUGGCUCUGCUGCCUUCCCUGUCCUGCUUCAUUCUGCUUUUUGCUUGCUCUGGCUGCCCUGGGAUGGUAUUUAAUGAAGAAGCAUAUCCAAAUCCUUUGCUUUGGGCCCUGAUUUAAAAAUUCCAGCUAGGAUGACUUCUAACCACUGUCAUUCUUCUCCCCCAGGAUGCUUUCCAAUUUCUACAUGUCUGAAAUGAAUGCUACAGUCUCAAAAGGCAGCGCUACUAGCGGCCAUGGGGGUAGUUAGCCGUAAUACUGAGCCAGGGGAGUUCUUUAAGAGGAGAUUUGAAAGAUCGUAACUUGGGCAGAGGAAUUUCAGAGGCAACUGGGCUGAACUGAGAAAGUAAUCAUAGCUAACAUUUCCUGAGAGCUUGCAGUGCAUUUUAUUUGCAUGUAUUAUUGCUUCUACUCUUUGCAACAACCCUGUUAGACAGACCUUAUUAUUUUUACCGUGAAAGUAACUUGUCCAACAUCAAAAGUAGAAAGUGGUGGAGGUAUGAUUUGAACCCAGGCAGUCUGGCUCCAGCACGCACUUUAUUAGUCUUAAACACUUUGCUCAUGCAAGUCAGGUGACAGGAGCUCCAAUCUCCACUAUGAACUGCCCUCUCUGGGACACAUCUGACUUUAUACUUAACUUGUAGUGAUGAGUAAAGUCUGGUGCUUAGGAGAGUGGUUUCUGGGGCCAGGUUCAUCAGAGUUCAAAUCCAGGCUCUGGAAUUUCCUGGCUGCUGUAGCCUUGGCCAAGUAAUUUUGUCCUGCUGAGACUCUAUUUCCUCUCCUGUAAAAAGGUCGACAACAAUAUUGUGUGGAAUGGUAAGGAUUGAAACAUUUAGCAAGGUGCAAGCCACAGAAUAUGUACCCUGUCGGUUUUAUGUUACUAUUGCUAUUGCAUUGAUUUAUUUCCACAUUGCUGAUAAAGACAUACUCAAGACUGGGUAAUUUAUAAAGAAAAAGAGGUCUAAUGGACUCACAGUUCCACAUGGCUGGGGAGGCCUCACAAUCUUGGCAGAAGGCAAAAGGCACAUCUUACAUGGUGGCAGACAGGAGAGAAUGAGACAAGUGAAGGGGGAAACCCCUCAUAAAACCAUCGGAUCUCAUGAGACUUAUUCACUACCAUGAGAACAGUAUAGAGGCAACCGCCUCCAUGAUUCAAUUAUCUCCCACCAGGUGCCUCCCACAACACAUGGAAAUUAUGGGAGCUACCAUCCAAGACGAGAUUUGGGUGGGAACACAGCCAAGCAUAACAACUAUUAUUAUGAUUAUAUUAUCAGUGAAAGGCAAAGGUUAGCGUAGACGAAGGUUUACGGUCCCUUCUGGUCCUAAGAGCUAUGAAUAUGAGGACAGAAGUGCUUCUGUCUCUGAAACCCCCUCUGCUGCGUUCACUCCUCACCAUAUAAUUACAUUUCCUCAAAAUUCAUGCACUAUUGUUCCUCACCUUUCAACUCAGCCAUUUCUCAAUAAAAGUUUUAAAAAAUCCGAAUUUUUUCUUUCUCUCUCUCUCCUUCCCCUGGUGUGGCCUCACCAAGGUCUAAAGCACGCCCAGAUCUGGCCCCUGCCUUACACCCCAGCCUUGCUCCAUGCUGCUCUUCCCUUUCUACCAUGUCUCACCAGGCUUUUUCCCUCUCAGCCCUCUAUCCCUGGGGUCCACUUUCAUCUCUUCUCCCUGUGCUGGGGCCCCCUAUUACUCUCUUUUAGCUUAGAGACCAGAUCCAGAGCCAGCCCCUCCCCUCUGUGCUCUGCCUCAGCACCCCAUUUAUCUCCUUCAUGCACAUGGUACCAUUUGUGACAAUUUUGCCCUUUAUGUCUGUCACCCUCUCCACCAUUUGUUUCUUGCAAUUUUUUUUACAUUAAGCUCUGGAAUAAACAUGUCACUGAUGGAGCAUCUCUUAUGUGACAGACCCUGUGCUAAGAGUUAACCCUGGAAAAACAUCUUUUUUUUUUGAUGGAGUUUCGCUGUUGUUACCCAGACUGGAGUGCAAUGGCACGAUCUCUGCCUUCUGGGUUCAAGCAAUUCUCCUGCCUCAGCCUCCAGAGUAGCUGGGACUACAGGCGUGCACCACCAUGCCUAGCUAAUUUUUGUAUUUUUAGUAGAGACGGGGUUUCACCUUUUUGACCAGGAUGGUCUUGAUCUCUUGACCUCGUGAUCCACAUCUUUAUUCAUCAAAUACUUUUUAAGCACAUAUGAGCUACACACUGGAAAGUCCCGAUACUAACGGUCUGGUGAGGCCAGAAUUGGCAGGAGAGUGGGUGAUGGCCAUGGUGUGGGGGGGCAAGGUGGAUGGGUAAAAAGAGCACAGGGCACUAUAAGGUUUCAUCUCCCUCAUUUAAACAAAAAGGACAUUGAGACUUUGAGAAAGAAGAAGGCUUGUCAGGGGGCAGUUCUCAAGCUGUGGCCCAUGAAACUUGGGGGUCCCUGAGACCUUUUCAGGACCCAUAAGGGCCUCCCUUUCCCAACUGCAUUAUUUGUGUGAGGCUGGAGUUUGUCAUACCUACGACUAGAUAACUAUUUGGAAUGACCGAAUGCAGAAGUAGACAUGAGAAUUGACCCUUCCAUUAAGCCUGAUAUUAAAGAGAUGAGUGAAAAUGUAAAAUGAUGACAAUCUUCUCAGUUUCUUUUUGUCUCAGAAAAUAUAGUUAUUUUUAAAGU